CUAUCUUAUUGCAUGUGCAGAACAACAUGUUGCCCUUAAUAUAGUCCUAAGUUGUUCUUCAGUAUAUACUGUGCACUUAGAGUUGUUUAAUGCAGUCUACUCUUUUGUUUAUCAAAUAGGCAUCUAUGAAAAUAUUGAAUUAUUGUAUUGAUAAGUUUAAGUGUAACAGGGACAGGGAGUGCGUUUUUGUUUCGUUGGGUUGAUUUCUGGAUCAGUUUGAAAUUGGCAAGUGGUCUUUUAGGUCCGGUUUGCACAUGCUUUCCUUUUGCUUUUGCAGGAGCCCCUCUCCACACCUGCCAUUCAUGAAGAAGCGCUUGACGAAUCACAGAGGGUGCCGUGGGAGCGACGGCUGGGCUCGGCCUCAGAGGAUGACCAGGAGAGGGAGACGUUGUACCUGAAGGAGACGCACCUGGGCAUUGAGCGCAAGUGCUCUAGCAUCACUGUCAGCUCCACCUCCAGCCUGGAGGCUGAGGUGGACUUCACCGUCAUUAUGGACCUUCACACCGGCGUGGAGGAGUUCUCCAAGGGCAUGUCAGAGCUGGGGGGGCGGGACAGGCUGCCUGAGGUGGGCCGGGACGACUUUGAGGAGUCCUCUUGCUUCUUCUCGGCCAGGCUCAUGUCCGCCCAGGAGAAACCACCAGAGGAGAUGCAAGGCAAAGGCUUAGAAGAUUUGUCACACCACGAGCCACCAGACACUAAGAACAAAAGUACGGUUGUGAGCUCUGUGCCGUCCCUCAAAAAGACAGACGCCAAGGUUGAAGAGCCUUCUACUGAAGCCUCCAUUGGAUCCCAAACCAAGACUACAAUAAUAGAGGCAACUGAGCAGGUGAUGGGGAAUAGCUGCACUGGCAAGGACACCGCGACAGUCUCUCAGACAGUCACAACACUGGCAGCGGCGGUGUCACCGAAUCACAGCGUCAUUGGUGGAAAAGAGGCUCCUCCCAGCCCCCAGUCUGCCCCCCCCGAGACCAGCUCGCCUAUGAAAACUGGUACCCUUGGGAGGGCGGUGGGAACUGUCACCACGGAAACCGUUUCCUCAGCAACCACUACACACAUUACCAAGACAGUGAAAGGCGGGUUCUCAGAGACCAGGAUUGAGAAGAGGAUUAUCAUUACUGGAGAUGACGAUGUGGAUCAAAACCAGGCCCUUGCCAUGGCAAUUCAGGAGGCCAAGCAGCAGCACCCAGACAUGCUGGUUACCAAGGCAGUGGUUGUCAGGGAAACAGAAUCCUCUUCUCUGGAGAAACACAGGAAAUCACAGUCCUGAUCUCUGACAGCUUGCUCUGGAGACCAGGGCUCCUGUUGGAAAGGGGACCGGGCAGAUUCUCGCCUGCUAUUGCCCACCUCUGCCCCUGAGCCCCUUCGAAACAUCGCCACAACACGCCGGCAAACCAAGAAAGACAGAGAAACCGAACAAAACUACAAGAGGACAACUUUAGCCAAACAAAUAAAAACAACCACAAAAAACAUUGAAUGCCACUGCUGCUGUUUCACCUGACAACACUCUUCCUCGGCCCCCUCCAACACUACCCCACAUCCGCCUGUGAGCGCACACAUCCUCCUGACUGGCCAGCGCAUGUAAAACCCUGCAGAGCACCCAACAGGGACGUGCCAUUGCACCUGCUAUAGACAGCCUUGUGGACACCCAGCUGAGUUUGUUAACACUUUGUCACCUUAGCCAUAGCUAUCACAGGCUUAACAUUAGCUUAACCUGUGUUUUGGGACACGACAUGAGAGAUCCAGAGCAGAGACCAAUUCAACAGGAGUAGAGGAUUAAGAUUUGUGCAAAAAGUGCCCCCUACAGGUGAGGUGAAACCUACAUACCUUUUAAGAUAGGACCUGAAAGAUCAGUCAGCCCACUAGUUGAGAAUGAUUAUUCAAACACUUUUAUAGAGGCAAGCCCUUACUGUCUUCCACCUCUAGGGGGAAGUAUAAACCCUGACCUGACCCCUGUAGCCCUGUCUUGUGGGCUUGUGUAGCUUCACCAGUAGGAGGCAGUAUACACUAGGCGUGGAUCUCUGCGUUUAUAUGUUUUUCAGUACAUAGUUUACACUGUUACCUCUGUUUCCGUCCCCCAGUUCCCUCAGACACAGGUUAUAAACCAGAGCAGUUCUAGCAUUGUGUUGCGGAAAAAUAUUGAGAGCUCUCCCAAGAACUGCAGCUUGAAGAAGAGGGAGGCAAAGGGCAAAAACAAGGCAUUGUAGGACUGAAUCCCCCUUUUACAAGAUGAACUCCUGGUCUUGCAAAUCAAACUGUUCAGCAUGAUUUAAACACGGAAAUCAGCUCUGGGACCCCUUCCCUGUACAGCGAGCAGGCUGCAAUUAAAAGAAAUACAGCGGGCUUGGGAUCUCGCCUCCUGGUUUCCUAAUCCUGCCUCUUAUUUUAUAUGACGAUCAGUCACGUGUUAUCAUUAAAGCAAAAUGGGUUUAAUAGGCAAGUUUUCUGAAAUGCUACACUGUUGAAAUGUGAGGUUUUUUUUUCUUUAUUUGUUUUUAAAUUAUGUUGUAUGAAUUUACUGUGUAUUUAUAUGAGAAUGGUGAAUGCGAGUUAGCUGGGGCUUUCUUUACCUAAAAGCGAGUGCAGGAUUUGACAUCAGGAUCAGAUUAAAGCAUACAGCAGCAUGGAGCAGGUGGGGUUUGUGUGGCAUUGAAAAGGUGAUGGCGUGACUGAAUGCCGCAUGAAACUGGGACUGCAGCACUGCAUACAUGGACUUUAGGGGAGGUUUGCACUGAGCAAAAUUGUGCUUUUCAUUGUCAUGACUGGGGAAUAUACAGCUUGGGCUUUAGAGUGAAUGCUAUUUUAGAGCAAAGAGCAAUAGGCUUUUCAGGAUCCAUAGGAACUACAACUUGAGAUCAGUGUAAGACCAUCUAUGGAAGGUCUAGCAAUAACUGUGAUAAGGGAUUUAAUAUAGCAUCUGCAGUAUAUCGCCGAAAGGUUGCCCAUAGUGUUACCCUGGUGUUUACUGUGGCACCAGAUUUAUUACACUAUAUAAGCUUUUUUUUCUCACCUGACUAGGGAAGGGAAAGGACCACCAGCGUUACGAAAGAGAUUCCUGGUUUGUCUUAACUGCUGUUAAACUGGUUUCAUUUUGUUUCUGAUAUGUUUUUUUGAUUUGUGUGUGUGUUUUUUUACAUUUUAUUCUCUUACCGGUGGAGUUUUGUGGCUCGGGUGUUACAUGAACAGUUUUAUAGUUAAUGUCAGCAAUGGUAAAUGCAAAAGGGGUCUCCAGCCAAUGCCACCCAGAUCAAUCCAACCCUCUCCUAACUCACAGCCCCCAGAUCAGGGUCCAUCUAUGUUCUUCAAAAAAAACAACACCAAUUACGUUAAAACAGGAUACGCUUAAGAACACAGCCAAGUAAGCCCAACUAUGCCCCCUGCUGGUGAAAACUGUCUUUGUUUCAGCAAUGAUCAGCCUGGGAGCUAAAGAAAUACUGUUUAAUUCAUUAAACCAGAAAAAUCUCUUAAUUUUCAUUCAAAGCUGUCCUUUUUUAUUUUAGCAACCAGGAGUGAUGUCUUUAAGGGGAGUUCAUAUCUAUGAAUCAAUACUGCCCAGAAAUGCAGUCCUUAAAUUAAAUGAUCCCUUCAAAAAAAAACAAAAAACUUAAUAACUUAUAACUAUAAGCCCUGGUUCCCCGAAGAGAGUUGACCCUUACUGCAGCAUACCAUGAUAAAAGCUUAGGAACAUUGGGAAGGCUACAUAGUAAAGCGCAGAAAGCAAAAGGAAAAAUGCAAAAUCACCAAGCAAGUUGAUCCAUGUAAGCGUCUCCAGUGGGAAGCUUGUGUUUACCAUUGCUGACAGUGCUGGAAGCAAGAGAUUUGUGCACUGCGUCCUGGAAGCAGUCGAACCGCAGUCUGACCCUCCUUGCUUUGUGCACGGCUAGUGGGAGCACGUACUCAACCCCCACUCCUGCCCUUUGCUCUACAUUGCCCCCUAGUGCUUGGUGGUGUGUGUUUACUGUAUUUGCAUUUGGUUAAGUAAAAUAAAUGUCUCCAGUGCAAUUCC